UGACAGCAAUACUUUUAUUUGUAUAGCGCUUUUCAGAGUACUCAAAGACUCUUUACAGUAGAGAAAAAGAAAUAAAAAUAGAGUUGAGUAAAAACAGAGUAAAAGAUACAUUAAAAUACAAUAUCCAAACAUUAAUUCAGAGCUAAAACAAGGUUAAAAGCGUAGCAGUCAGGUAUAAAAAGUUAGACAUUAAAAACGGAUUUAAACAGGUGGGUUUUGAGUUGUUUUUUGUUACAGUUUUUUCUUCACGGGCUCGGCCCACAAAACAAGUACCAGGUAUAAACGGCGUCUUUGAAUUGAUGAUUACUUAGCAGAGUGAUUGUCUAGACAAGUACAACUUGUGUGUUUUGAAUACUCUCUUAUUUGUUUAGCUAAUUAGGACUGCAUGAGCAUGCUAGUAGUAUAUCAGAGCUAAUGGAGUGUGAUCCUCCACAACGUGACCAGAUUCAUGGUGACAGAUAGCAAGGUCUCUUUUUACCAGAGGCUUGCUCUCCAUCCCCCACGACUCACUUUCUCAUCUGUCGCCCGUUCUCGUCUUAGCAUCUUGCAAUGAGCUGGCAAUGAUGAGCACACAGAGAACAGAAGUGGAGGGAGAUGCACGAUUCCUUUGCACGAAAAGCGACGCUAUUCGGUAGGGAAGACAGAUGGACGCAUGCAAACACCUUUCACUGCUCUUUUGACUUUGAUUGUCAGAACGCUGAGAUACGAUGGUCUUAAAGUUGCCCUUCAAAGGGCCUUCUAGUGUCCUUGCUAUGUGCUCUUACAGGACAAUUGAAGGGUACAUCUGCGCUUAUGUAUGUGUGUGUGUGUGUGUGUGUUCAGGGGUGGGGGUUUGCUGUUCUCCACAAACAGACGUGAAGGGAAAGUGAAAAAUAAAAAAAAAGGGAGGGGGCUUACUCACCCCACCGUGAUGGGCGGGAUUUGGGGGUUGGAAGUAACCAGUUGGCAGCCACAACUGGGUCACAUGACAAGCACAACAAUCAGUGUGUGAAGCAGUGAGAGAGAGAGAGAGAGAGAGAGAGAGAGAGAGCAAGGGAGAGAAGCGCUCAUUCCGUCCGGCAUCAGUUUGUGUUUGAGACCCGCGGCACAUCAGGAGCACACCUGAGGGCGAAUAACGGCACAAGACGGAUAAAAACAGGAAGAAAGGAAUACGGAAGUUUAACAUUGAAGCUCCUAGCUGAAGACGGGAGGCGGAAUGUCAUCUCUCUCGGAUCAGAAGCCUGGAUCUCCUUUCUCGGAGUACAGCGAGCUGUGUAAGGUGGCUUCCCUGUCGCCAUCAGGACCGGCUCAGAGUUGGGAUUGGCAGCACCGCUCGGAUAUGAACAUGGAAAUGGGCACCGCAAGUGGCACGGGAGUACCGAACGCACCCUUGGCACCGACUGGCCUCAGUGCCGAAGACAAACUGUGGGUCAAUAUGGACGUUGAAAUGAAGAUACCAGGCGGGGUCGUCACCAUGGCCGGAAGCACCUCCCUAGGGAACGCUUCACUCGGAAGUGCAGGAGAGAGCCCGGAGAGCCCACGGUCUUUUUCCCCGUUCCCGUCCCCGGCUUCACCUGGAAGCCUACCCUCGACCCCGGCGUUGCAAUAUGGCGUCACCGGUAGGGUCCCUCUGUCACCGGCUCCUCAAUCCCCAGCCGUCCGCAUGGACGUAUCGAUGCCCACUAACGCGGUGCCCUCACAUUCAGUUGAGGCAUCUACCCGUGGUGGAUACUCGUCACCUGAAUCAUGGACCAACUCCAGUGUUGCAGAAAUCAGUCCAAAGGUUGCAAUGCCUCAGGUGCCUCCUAGUUUCUGCACCAUCGGAGUUAUCCAUGAUGACUACUUAAGGAAAAGCAAUCAGGAUUCGGCUGAACCCGGGGCGACUCUUGGGAAGCAGCAUCUACCUGUGGGCUCCUCCGGGGAAAGCGACGAUGAAGAAACUGAAGAGUGCGAGUUAGAACUAGAGCCUUGUUUUAUCGGAAGAGCCGAACAACAGAGGAAAGUGAUGCGACGGGCGAUGUCGGACUGUUCCCACCUGUCAGUCCCCACCAGUCUAGAGCUUCCUGAUAAAUACCCCGGUGGAGAAGGGUUAGGACUUGACCAGCUCGUAUCACCAGUGACCGGGUCACGCCGGUCCCAGCAUUACAUGCAACGCUCGUUAACAGUUGCAGAAGAUCAGCACCCGACUCCAGCACCGACGCUCUCCGCAGCCGGCACCACGCAUAUCGACCUGAGACAAACACCCCCGGAACCUUGUCUUGGUCUCUCCCCGUUCUUUCCGCAAAAGGACUGCAAUGUUACAUCAAUGUCCCCAUUGGCCCCCAUUCAAGGCGACAUAGUACUUCCAGUACCACCCAGCCCUAAAAGUUUUACUUCUUCUCACUCAUUUGCCCCAGACGCUAAAGGCGAUGGUUUCGGUAACGUCCAACUGGCGACAAAAAACGAUACGGAUGAUAUUAAAGUGGAUACGAUACUGAAUUUUGGUGCAAAUGUGGACUUGAACGUGGGCAACAAAUCAGCUGUAGGACCCGACGAUGGUGAUGAUUUAAAUUCCUUUAACAAGCUCGGCCUGAACUCAACAAACCCCUUCAUCUCAGUUGAUGACAACAAGGCCAAGUUGGACAAGAAGGAGGAGAAGCCUGCAGGGGUGGACCCUCUGGAUAAACCUGAGCAGAAGAGCGUGAAGGUUGAAUUUGCAAUCAGUGAGGCGGAAGCUAAGGUGGAGAAAGAUGUAGACAAACACAAAGAAAGCGAACUGUGGAAUGAACCUGAAAAGGUUCACGAGAAGGAGAAAGAUGCAGAAAAGUUGAAGGAAGGAAAAGCCGAAGAAGAGAAAGUUGCAGUAAAAGUUACAGAGGUAAAAGAAUCGGAAAAGAUUCCAAACGAGAAAGAGACGAUUCAAGUUAAAGAAGAAAAGGAGUCAGAAACCAUGAAAGAGAAGCUACCGGAGAAAGUUGAAGAAAAGACAAAAGAUCCAGAGAAAGUAGAUGUAUUCCAGCCAAAAACGGAAAAUAAAAGUAACAAAGCCGAGGAAACAGCAGACAAAUCAGCAAAGACGUUUGACCGUGGGGAUAAAUCAGUAAAGGUGAUGGCGGACAAAGAUGAAAAUGCAAAUGCAGACAACACAAUCUCCGAGAAGGCUGAAAAAACGACGGGUAGCAAAGAGCAACACGUUGAACACAAGCCGCCGACAACUGUCAAGCUUGACGCCACUCCUGACAAGGCGGAACAGACGGCUGGUGAGGAAGCCACUAAACCUUCGGCUGAUGCGGGCAAAGCCGAGAAAGCCCGGGUCGAGGAUGAACCGCAGAAGCUGACUGAGAAGCCGGCGGAGGAGGCGAAGCAGAUAAGCCCCAAAGUGGAGAAGCAAGACAAAACAGAGGGUCAAAAAAAGACUGUGGAGAAAAAGGAUGAGAAAAAGGAAAAGACUUUGAAGGCAGACGGAGGAGAGAAGGCCAAAAAAGCAAAACCCGUCACCAACGGGAGCAGCGGACCACCAGGCAAAGACUUGGCCGGGGCAGAUAAAAAGACCAAGCCUGCUGCUGCCGGGGCAACCAAACCGAGCGGCGCCGCCAAAACACGGCAGGUGACAGCGGCUGCUAGUAGCGGUUCUGCUGCAACAACUACUAAGCGUCCCGCACCUUCAUCAACCACCUCCAUCUCAGAUAAAAAAAACACCGCAACCAAGGCCCCAUCCACGGCCGCCGCUGGCCCGAAACGGCCAGCCUCCAAUAUUACCAGCCGCCUCUCAUCCUCGGCCACUACUACCACUACACGUGAUGUCAAACCCAAGACCCCCACAGAGAGGCGCCCCCCUGUGCCAAAGGCCGGCACUGCCGCCUCAAGUCAAGCAGGCUCUUCCGCCGCCAUCAAAAACGGAACGACCACAACAUCAACCACCAGAACCACGACAUCCACGCGCACAACAAUGUCAGCUCGCGGUGCCGCCACUGCCGCCGCUUCCAAAAAGCCGCCGGUCUCUAAGACGGACAGCCAACCGGGUGGGGAGAAGAAGCCCAGCACUCUAAAGACUUCCACAGCUGAUUCUACCAAGCCCAAGACCACCACCACCACAACCCGGACUUCCAGUUCCACUACAACCACUGCCCCUCGCACCCGAACCGCCGCCACCAAAACGGCCGCACCUUCCUCCACCAGCGGCGCGGUACCAGAGAAGAAACCCCCGGUACCUCGCACAUCCAGGACCACCUCUUCAGCUGCAGCUACCACCACGACCAGCUCCUCAAGGACCACGGCUCGCCCCGGCACUGCAUCGGCUCCCGACAUCCGGAACGCUCGCUCUAAGAUCGGCUCUACGGACAACAUGAAGCACCAGCCAGGGGGUGGGAAGGUGUCAGCUGCCUCUAAGAGCAGGGUUCUCGCCUCCAAAGAAACAAGCCAGGUCAAAGUUCAAAUAGUCUCCAAAAAACUGGACUUCAGUCAUGUCGGCGCACGCUUGGGCUCCAAGGACAAUAUGAAGCAUGUUCCUGGUGGAGGGAAUGUGCAGAUCCUCAACAAGAAGGUGGAUUUGAGUAAGGUGACGUCAAAGUGCGGCUCCAAGGACAACAUCAAACACAAGCCUGGUGGUGGUGACGUGAAGAUCGAGUCGCAUAAAGUGAACUUUAGGGAAAAAGCUCAGUCCAAAGUGGGCUCCAUGGACAACGUGAGCCAUUCACCUGGUGGAGGAAACAUCAAGGCUGAGGGGUCGCAGGAGACAGGAGAGGGUGUUGGGACCCCAUCCCCAGCACCUGGCCCAGAGUCUGGGCAGGUGGGGAGUCUUGCUGCCCAUGAGAAUGGGUUGAAGGAGGGGGCUCCCUGUGAUAGUGAGGGCCUCCAGGAGCCCCAGGCUCUGAUUUCCCACAUCCCAGAGACAAGCAUCUAAUUCUGCUAUCCCUCUGCCCCCCCCUCAUCUGUCCUCCACGACAUUGUCUCUUCCCAACUCUCCUUCCCCCCUCAUUUUCCGUCCAACAUUUCUGCCGCAGAUUGACUCGUUCAAGCUGAACUUCCGCGAGAAGGCUCGCUCGCGCACGGACCACGGCGCCGACAUCAUCACCCGGCCCGUCCUCCAUGAUGACAACCGACCCCACCCACGUGGUCCCUCCUAUAGCAGUGUGUCGCUUUGUGAGAAGUUGGCCUCCACAGGCUGCAUCAGCUCCCCCUCCGC